CUUGAUACAGGUGGAGGACAGAUCAGCUGAUCGGGGAGCAGAGGAGGGGCUCCGACACGCAGCCGGUUGGCGGAGGAGCUGCUCGGCUCCGCUCCGCCACAGCCGGUGACUUCUGGCGAGCAAAUUCACGACAGCAGCUGCUGCUGAGCCCCGGCUGCAACCAGCCGUUCGUCUGUCUGGGAGUUGAGCUAGUUAGCUAGGCUAACUAGCUAGGCUAACUAGCUAACAUAGUUAGCUAGUUGUUGCUGUAAUAAUACCAUUAGCUAUUUUUACAAAACCAGCCAACUGUGCUGGGCUCUGGACGGGUUCCUCACACCAGAGCAGGGCAACUUUUUUUAUAGUUGUUGUUUAAGAUGUCUAUAUUACCAUUCACUCCUCCAAUCGUGAAGAGGCUUCUCGGCUGGAAGAAGGGAGAGCAAAACGGGCAGGAGGAGAAAUGGUGCGAAAAGGCCGUCAAAAGUCUUGUGAAGAAGUUGAAAAAGACGGGACAACUGGACGAGCUGGAAAAGGCGAUCACGACACAGAAUGUCAACACGAAAUGCAUAACCAUACCCAGGUCUUUAGAUGGGCGACUCCAGGUUUCCCACAGAAAAGGUCUUCCCCAUGUGAUCUACUGCCGUUUGUGGCGCUGGCCAGACCUGCAGUCCCACCAUGAACUGAGAGCUGUCGACCACUGUGAAUUUGCCUUCCACACCAAGAAGGAUGAAGUGUGUGUCAAUCCUUACCACUACCAGAGGGUAGAAACACCAAUUCUGCCCCCGGUCCUAGUACCCCGACAUACAGAUAUUCCCACAGAGUUCCCACCACUGGAUGACUACAGACCAUCCAUUCCUGAGAACACCAACUUCCCUGCUGGCAUUGAGCCACAGAGUAACUAUAUUCCUGAAACUCCACCACCAGGGUAUCUGAGUGAGGAUGGCGAGACAAAUGAUCACCAGCUCAACCACAGCAUGGAUACAGGUUCCCCCAGCCUCUCACCCAAUCCUGUGUCACCCGCAAACAGUAAUCUUGACUUACAACCUGUGACGUACUGCGAGUCGGCCUUUUGGUGCUCUAUAUCCUACUACGAGCUGAAUCAACGUGUAGGGGAGACUUUCCAUGCAUCGCAGCCUUCGCUCACAGUAGAUGGAUUUACAGACCCCUCCAACUCUGAGCGCUUUUGCCUGGGCUUGCUGUCAAACGUGAACCGCAACUCAGCAGUAGAGCUCACACGCAGACACAUAGGACGGGGUGUGAGGUUGUACUACAUUGGGGGAGAGGUGUUUGCUGAGUGUCUUAGUGAUAGUGCCAUCUUUGUCCAGAGUCCUAACUGCAACCAACGUUAUGGUUGGCAUCCUGCCACUGUCUGCAAAAUCCCUCCAGGCUGCAACCUAAAGAUCUUCAACAAUCAGGAGUUUGCUGCCCUACUUGCCCAAUCAGUCAACCAGGGCUUUGAGGCGGUCUAUCAACUCACCAGGAUGUGUACCAUUCGCAUGAGUUUUGUGAAAGGUUGGGGAGCUGAAUACAGACGUCAGACAGUAACCAGCACCCCCUGCUGGAUAGAGCUGCAUCUCAAUGGCCCUUUGCAGUGGCUGGACAAGGUCCUUACACAGAUGGGCUCUCCCAGCAUCCACUGCUCCAGUGUGUCUUAGGAGCAGCAACCUUCCUUCCUUACAUGCACUUAGGAAACACAUAGGAAAACUCAAGUGUCUCUUAAUAAUACAUAGGAAACUGAUGUUGUUCAACAAAUCAAGUCAGUCUCUGUGUCUCCAUCAGUUCAAAUGUACAGCAUUUUGCUUAGUACCAUUUAGUCUCUUCAUUACAUCGGUAUUUUAGGACUUAUGAAUUAUUUUGUGCCUCUAGGUACAUAAAGUGAGUUUCAAAAGGAAACACACAUUCAUUAAUUUUGUAGAGGGGAUAUCCUUGUUCUCCAAGUUGUUCUUCAAGUUAUGGUAACGUUUCAGCUUGGUCAUCCACAUGUUUCAAACUACUUUUGAUUCUGUGAAUUAGCUGUGAUUAUGAAUAUGUUGGCAUCACUGGUGUGGUGUGGCAGUGUCCCUUUUACUGUUUAUUAUCACUAAAUUGGAGACAGAUUUGUCUACUGAACCAUGAAUUAACGUCGAAAACAUACUUCUGAGUAUGCAUGGAAUAGAAUAUAUACAUAAAUAUAGUUUUAAGUACAAAUUAGUCUUUCAAUAUUGAAUUCUCUGCAUCAGUGAAACUAAUUAUGUAGUCAUUUAAUGGAUAUUUUAUCUAUUUUGAACAAGAAAAUAGAUGUUAGUAUGAGUACUAUUAUUUCUUGAAAAGAAUCCUUGUAUGAAAACUAUUUUGCUCAGUGAAAGAGACAUUUUAUAAGUUAUUUUUGCAUACUGUCCUGCAUGGAAAUAUAUUUUUAUUAUUGCCUCAGUAUGACUGUACAUAAAUAUUUAUAGCUUGUGAUUUAUUGUAGUCAUGCAUUGCUUUCAAAACUGGGUUCUCUGUAGCACAGGCCAUGGUUUGGGUUCAUCUGUCAAGUGCAAUGCAAGCACUUGAUGCUGGUAUUGUCAUAUUGCAAGCUGUCAGCCAACUGUACAAUAUGCCGUGCAAUAUGGAUAAAUUAUGGACUUCCAGAUGAAUGUGUUUGAACAGAGGUUUACUGGCAAACUGCUUGUCUAAAAAUACUGUAUAUUACAUGUACAUUGCUAAAAAAUAAGGCAUGCGUAAUAUGCUUGCUGUUAUUGGUCAGAGUCUGGGGCCCCAUAUUAAUCCAGCACUUAUAAGCCUGAGUGGCCAUGUAUUGUAUUUAAAGUAAAUACAUGAUGCCAUGCUAAAAUACAGUGCAUCGGUAUUUCUGCAUCAGAUCUGUAUUAGUACUUGAGUUUGUUGAUGUUCUUAGUUGGUGAUUUUCUGUUCCAAGUCUUGCGUACAUGUCACGUACAUGUCUUAUUGUGUAGCCUGAUAUUUAUUCUGAAAUUGACCAUUGUUUUAUCUGAAAAUGUAAUAAAUUGCAACUGAAUA